AGAACAGAUGCACAAAAUAUAAACACAAUCAUUAAUUAAUAAAGCAAAGAGGCAGAUAAAAUCAAUCCAUAAUCAAUCCAGUGAAUUGUUACAGAAAAUGCAGUAAAAACUUGUUUAUUAAAAAAAAAACGUAUGACAGUGUCCCCAACAGUUUAUCAAAUCAGCUCCAUCAUAACCCACAAAAUAAACACAGAAACAAACACAGACUCCAGAGAUGCACAUGCAUUCCUUAAACGGACCACUGUGUCACUUCUGCUCUUUAACUCCAGUAAAUUCAGAAUGCAGCGUUUUAACAGCGUGCUAUCGCUACUUUUGCGCUUGUAAAACAUUUCCAAACAAGCACACAAACAUUUACACCCAUGAAGACAAACAGUUGGUUGGGCCGGGACCCAUGUGAGGGGAGUGUGGUCUCACACGCAGCUAGCGCGGCUCUACUAGGUGGCGUCUCCCCACGCUGGGAUUAGCUGUCUUCUCUUUCAGCACUCCCUGAAUUCCAUUCCGCCUUUUACUUUUUCGGCAGCGCUCUCUCUCUCUCUCUCUCUCUCUCUCUCUCUCUCUCUCUCUCUCUGCACAGGACUUCCCAGUGACUUUGCAACACAGCAUUCAGCCUACAACAAGUCCCAAGUUUCGGAGCGCAACGGGAGGAGAAACAAGUUUGGAGCCCUCCUUUGGAAUCGAUAUUGUUGCGUUCCAACUGAGAAAAACCAAACAAGUGCGUAAAGGGAUCCGUUUUACCUGUGGAUGAAGUCCCACCGGGUGCGGGACGCAGAGGAGCAGUCGGGUUUCUUCACAGAGAAGAAAAGUCGGGAAAAGGUGCACCGCUCCAGUGGCCAGGAGGAGUGAGGGACCUUUUUUUUUUUUUUUUUUUUCCUCCCUUUUUUCCCCCAGCAGUCGCAGCCUGUGCUGGGUUGGUGGAAAAUGGGCACUCCGACCACAGCGACCUGUGGACUUAUCCUCUCUUUGAUAGUCUCAUGCCAGCUGGUUACUGUGACACAGGCCUCCAAGGUGUGGGGAGAGGUCCCUCUGCCUGAAGAUUUGGAGGCAGAAAAAGAUGUCCAGGCGUCUCAGAGUUUACUGGAUGAUGACGAGGACUUUGCUGCUGAUGAAGCUUCAGGAGAUCUGCCCAGUGGAGAGGAUGAUGGAAGCACACCGUGGCCUCCGUCUGAGAGCACAAAACAUUGGUUGGACUCUUCAUAUCUGGGGAACAUACAGAGCCCAGUCGAGCCAGAGUACAUUUAUUACAGAGCUCUCGUCAACUUCACCGACUCUCUGGUGUAUGGCCCUGAACUCGAGGACAUCUUCUCUCCCGCCUUUAAUGAGAUUUCUGAAGCAGUGGUUGACACGCUGGAGUCAGAGUACAACAGGAUUCCAGGUGUCCAGACGGUCAGCGUGGUCCUCAUUAAAAAGAUGAUCAGAGAGGAUGGCGUUGAUGUGUUUGUGGAACUGGAUGUGGGUUCUGACUACAACACCAACGACGAACAGAUCCGCAGCGUACUGUACAACGUGGUGAAGGAGGGAGCCAUCGCUUCCUACGUCACAUCGGUCCAGGGCUUUCAGUUCAGACGACUUGGAGAAGUAACCCCCAGUAUAAGACCCUGCAUGGCAGAUGAGCACAGGUGUGGUGAUGGGAUAUGUAUCCUGAUGGAAUACCUGUGUGACAACAGACCAGACUGCAGAGACAUGAGUGAUGAGACCAAUUGUGAAACAAAAAGGCCCGUCGUUACAGUCGUUACAACACCUGCCACCACAACCACCACCAUCAAGAAGCCACCGCGUCCCCCCAGCCCACCUGGACCAUGCAGAGCUGAUCAGGCCACGUGCCAGAGUGGAGAGUGUAUUCCUCGAGACUAUGUCUGUGAUGGAGAGAGGGACUGUUCAGACGGCAGCGACGAGUUCAGAUGUGGUACUCCGUCUCCCUGUGAACCCAAUGAGUUCAAGUGUAAAAAUGGCCGCUGUGCCCUCAAGCUUUGGCGUUGCGAUGGCGACAAUGACUGUGAGGAUAACUCAGAUGAAACAGACUGCCCCACCAAGGGUCCUGGUGACAGGUGUGCUCCUGAGCAGUUUGAAUGCCUGAGCGAUCGCACCUGCAUCCCUGCUAGUUACCAGUGUGAUGAAGAGCCAGACUGCCCUGAUCGCUCCGAUGAGUACGGCUGCACCCCUCCUUCUGUAACGAGCCCGCCAGAGGAGUCCAUUCAGGCAGCACGGGGGGCCACGGUGACGUUUACUUGUCAAGCUGUUGGAGUUCCAACCCCAAUCAUCACCUGGAGACUCAACUGGGGACACAUUCCAGUCAGCAGCAGGAUCUCCAUGACCAACGAGAACGGCCGUGGCACCCUCACCAUUCGCGAUGUGAAGGAGGCGGAUCAGGGGGCGUACACCUGCGAGGCCAUCAAUGCUAAAGGCCUGGUGUUCGGCAUCCCUGAUGGAGUGUUAACCCUCACGUCAAAUCCAAAUUCGGGCAACUGUCCUGAUGGCCACUUCAGUGUGAGUGGCCGCUGUGUGUCCUGCUUCUGUGCUGGAAUCACCAAAAACUGCAAGAGCACUGGACGCUACCGCAACCAGAUCAGCCUGCGUUUCACUGAGGAGGAAGACUUCAAAGGAGUGAAUGUCACAUACCCCUCCAGGCCAGGCACUCCUCCUCUCUCCUCCACGCAGCUCCUUAUUAACCCUGAGAUGGAAGAAUUCCAGCUUGUCGACCUCUCGCGCCGUUUCCUCAACCUCGACUCCUUCUGGACUUUGCCUCGCCAGUUCCUGGGCAACAAAAUUGAUUCCUAUGGAGGAUCCCUGAAGUUCAAGGUGCGGUACACACUGGCCCGCGGUCUGUCUGAGCCUGUGGAGAAACCUAAUGUGAUGCUGGUUGGAAACGGACGCAGGCUUGUGUACCGCAGAGGCAGCGGCACCCCUCCCAAUGUGGUCAACCAGAAAGAGAUCAAAUUCAUUGAAGACAACUGGCAGCACUCUAACGGUCGUCCUGUGAGCCGGGACGAGCUGAUGAUGACUUUGGCCAACCUGGACAGCAUCAGCAUCCGCACCAUCUACGACAACCACAUGGUCAGCGUGGCGCUCAGUGAUAUCGUCAUGGAUACCACCACUGUGGAGUUCAGCACUCUGGGUCACGCCAAGGAUGUCGAGGAGUGCAGAUGUCCUCCUGGCUAUACGGGUCUCUCUUGUGAGAUGUGCUCCUCUGGAUUCGAGCGGGUCCCUGGUGGCUCCUAUCUUGGCACCUGUGCUGGUUGUAACUGCAACGGACAUGCCACGGCCUGUGACCCAAUCAGUGGACACUGUCUGAGCUGCCAGCACAACACAGAGGGCCCUCAGUGCGACAAGUGUCGCCCUGGCUACUUUGGUGACCCGAGCCGAGGUCGCCCCGAUGACUGCAAGCCCUGCCCCUGCCCUUACUCUGAGACCUCACGGCGGUUCUCCGACACCUGCUUCCUCAACAUUGACCAACAGCCAACGUGUGAUGCCUGCAAGCCCGGCUACACAGGAAGACGCUGUGAAAAGUGUGCUCCUGGCUACCAGGGUAACCCCCUUCUGCCCAAUGGAAAAUGCGUUCCUAACCAAAACUCAAAAUGUGAUAACAGAGGAACUGUCAGCUCCAGCAGCCGGCCGUGCAGCUGCAAGAACAACGUGGCAGGCGCUUUGUGCGACGAGUGUAAGCCUGGGUUCUUCCACCUAUCAGAGACCAACCCUGAAGGCUGCCUGCGUUGUUUCUGCAUGGGCGUCACCAAACAGUGCGCCAGCUCCACUUGGAACAGAGAACAGGUGCGAGGAGGAGUGAACGGGCAGCUCUUCUCCCUCUCCAACUCCGCCAACACUAAGACUAUCUCUGAAGGCAUCACCCAGAGGGGCUCCUCUGAAGUUGUCUACCGCUCCUUCUCAAGUGUCCCCAACGACAUCUACUACUGGGUCCUGCCUCAGAGCUUCAGAGGAGAUAAGGUGACGGCGUAUGGAGGGGAGCUUCGCUACACAGUGCGAUUCGAACCGUACCAGCGCUCACUGGUGAUUGACGGUCAGCCGGAUGUGGUCCUCCAAGGCAAUGGCAUCUUCCUGGAACACUACUCCCAGACUAAACCUCUCCCACGAGCCCCACAAACUGUCACUGUGACCUUCAGAGAGUCUGCAUGGCGUCGCGCUGAUGGGCAGCCGUGCACUCGUGAACACCUGCUGAUGACUCUGGCUGACAUUACAGUCUUCAUGAUCAGGGCCACCUAUGCAGACAACAUUGUUGAGAGCAGUAUCUCAGAUAUCAAGAUGGACAUUGCUGUUCCUCACUCAACUGGGAACGAUCGUGCUCUGGAGGUGGAAGAGUGUGCCUGCCCUCAGGGCUACAGAGGACCAUCGUGCCAGGAAUGUGAUGAGGGUUACACUCGGACCAGCUCUGGCCUUUACCUGGGCACUUGUGAGAGGUGCGACUGCAACGGUCAUGCCAGCGGCUGUGAACCAGAGAGCGGCAGGUGUCUGCAAUGUCUCCAUAACACUGCUGGACCAAGAUGUGAGCGCUGUCAGACUGGUUUCUAUGGUAACCCUUUAACGGGUGGUGCUCAGGCCUGUCAGCCCUGCCCCUGUCCUGGAGCCACUUCCAGCAACCAAUUCUCCUCAACCUGUCAUCUGGACUCUGAUGGUCAGCCGACCUGUGACAACUGUCCUCCUGGAUUCACUGGCCGACGCUGUGAAAGAUGUGCGGCAGGAUACACUGGCAACCCAUUGCUUGGGCAGAGAUGUAGCGUUGGAAAUGAACUCAAUGGUAACUGCUAUAACUGUGACCAAAGAGGACAUGAAAGCUGCAACGGUGGUGUGUGCCAGUGCAAGAUGAACGUUGAAGGCUCAUCUUGCUCGAGCUGUAAGCCUGGAACUUUCCAUCUCAGCCAGGAUAACAAAGAUGGCUGCCUGUCCUGUUUCUGUAUGGGUGUCACUCAGCAGUGCUCCAGCUCUACCCAGUAUAGAGACCUGGUGUCCUCAGUCUUCUCUCCAGGGAACUUUCAGGGAUUCGCUCUGGUGAACCGUCAACGCACCAAUCGCAUUUCCACUGGUUUCACUGUGGAAGUUUCUACUGAAGGAACUCAGCUGUCCUACAGCAACUUUGACUACCUGGGACAGGAGCCUCACUACUGGCAGCUUCCAGGGGUUUACCAGGGAGACAAGAAAGACUCUGUCUUUGCUCGCGGGAAACGAGCAGACCAGGGUGAAGUCAGACAGCUGGACGAUGAGGUCUGGGCACUCCUCUCUAAUUUCUCCAAUGGACGACCUGGUUCCCCUCCAAUCUUUCCCGCCUCUAAAUCUUCCUCCUUUCCCUCUUCCUCCUCUUCGUCUUCUUCCUCUUCUCGAGUCCCAACUCCCUCUUCUUCUUCCUCUCGAUGGUCUUUGCGUAACCUGAGCCCUCCUUCUUCUCCAUCCGGUAUCUCCUCCUCAGUUAGACCAACCCGGCCCCAACCCUACUCCCCAGGCCAUGCUCCUCAUCUGCAGAGCAAGAACACAGUGAGCAAGACUGCUGGUGCUUCUGGGGGCAACAGCAAGUACGUUCUGGUCUACAAAGGUUUCAGCUUGCAACAGGAUGAUCUGCUCUACUGGCAGCUCCCAUCGCAGUUCACAGGGGAUAAGGUUGGUUCUUACGGCGGCAAACUUAAAUACACCAUUUCCUACGUGGCUGGUCCAAGGGGAACACUACUUGACGACGCUGAUGUCCAGAUUAUCGGUAAUGACAUCACCUUGGUAGCUCAACAGCCUUGGACGAGGAGGCAGCAGGGCAGCAGAGAGACCAAACAGUUUGAGAUUGUCUUCAGAGAAGAAAACUGGCGUCGACCUGACGGCAUGCCCGCCACCCGGGAGCACCUGAUGAUGGUUCUGGCCGAUCUCGAUGAUAUCCUGAUUCGAGCAUCUUACUCCAGUGAGAUGCGCUCCUCCAGCAUCUCUGAUAUCAACAUGGAGGUUUCUGUACCCAACUACAGCGGCUUGGCUCAGGCCCUCGAGGUGGAGCAGUGCCGCUGCCCACCUGGAUACCAGGGGCUCUCCUGCCAGGACUGUGCACCUGGAUACACUCGCACUGGAGGAGGCCUGUACUUGGGUCACUGUGAGCUCUGUGAGUGCAACGGCCACUCUGACUCCUGUCACCCCGAGACAGGCAUCUGCACGAGCUGUCUGCAUAACACACAGGGGGAGCUCUGUGAGCAGUGCGCUCCUGGUUUCUUCGGCGACCCCACUGUUGGCACUCCGGAGGACUGCCAGCCCUGCGCCUGCCCUCACACUGACCCAGACAACCAGUUCUCUCCUACCUGCGAGAGCCUUGGAAAUGGAGGUUACCAGUGUACUGCCUGUCAGCCUGGCUACACCGGCCAGUACUGUGAGCGUUGUGCUCCUGGAUAUGUUGGCAACCCACAGGAGAGAGAGAAGUGUCGUCCAAACGAUGUUGCAGCCUCCCUGGUAGUGAAGGUUUAUCCAGAAAGGGUCCUGGCGUCACAGGGCGGCCCCGUCACUCUGCGCUGUCAGGUGUCUGGAUCUCCUCCACACUACUUCUACUGGUCCAGAGAGGAUGGACGGCCCAUCUCCGGCAGUGCUGACAGACGCAGACAAGGAGCAGAACUGUACUUCCCCAACGUCCAGCCGAGUGACGCUGGCGUUUACGUCUGUACCUGCCGGGACCAGCGUAGCACGAACAGGAGCCGGGCUGAAAUUGUUGUCACAAGUGUCCAGUCCAAAGCCAUUGAGGUAACAGUUGAGGAGCCGAAAGCUCAGACUGUCAGAGUCGGAUCUACUGUCAGCUUCAUCUGUACUGCAAAGAGCAAGUCACCCGCCUACACACUGGUGUGGACCCGGAUAGGUAACGGGAAACUUCCCAACCGUGCCAUGGACUUCAACGGCAUCCUGACAAUUCAGAACGUCCAACCAGAGGAUGCCGGCGUCUACAUUUGCACCGGCUCCAACAUGUUUGCCAUGGACGAGGGCAAUGCCAUCCUCUACGUGCCAGAGGCCUCACAGACUCAGAUGUUUUACACAGCGUAUGAAAUGUUUGAAGGACACAGAAAGCCUGCAGAGGGGGCCCAACCCGUGGCCACCAUCAGUCCCUCAGUGCUGAAUGUCCAGCAGGGCCAGCGGGCAGAGCUUCGCUGCACAGUGACUGGAAACCCAACCCCGGCCAUCGAAUGGAUCGGAGGUCCAGGGAACAGAAUGAGUCCCAGAGCCGUGAUCCGAGGUGGCGUGCUGACCUUCACAGCAGUGGACCCGGCUGAUGAGGGAGAGUACACCUGCAAGGCCCUGAACACUCAUGGCGAGCACACAGCACGGGUUUCCCUCUUUGUUCAAAAAAAUAACCCAAGCGGCCUCGGCACCCAACCACAAGUCCAAGUCAGUCCCCAAAAUAUUGAGGUCCACGAAGGCGACACCCUGAGGUUGUACUGCAGAGCAUCAGGAUCACCCACCCCGAAGCUCACCUGGCUGAAAAAUGGAGGACAGAUCCCUCCCCAGGCCAUUCCCUCUCACGGUUUCCAUCAGUUUAAAAGCAACAGUCUCGAUGUGUUACAGAGACGUAUUGAGGAGCUGCAGGCACGAAUGGACCGCACCGACAUCGGUACUCUGCUCAUCCCCAACAUCAAGAUGUCUGACUCAGGCACAUACAUGUGUGUUGGCAGCAACAGCGUCGGCUCAAAUAGCUCUCCCAUUAAAGUCAGCGUGCUCAAAGCCGACCAUAACUCCGCAGCUGUUAGCAUCCAGCCAUCUAUAGCUGACGUCCAGGAGGGCCAGAGUCUGGAGCUCAACUGUUUUGCUCCUGGAAAUCCUCCUCCCCCAGUCACCUGGACGAGAGCCAGUGGGCGCCUCUCUGCCAACCACCAGGUUGUGGGCAGCCAGUUGCGCAUCCUGUCAGCCUCUCCAGAAGACUCAGGAGACUACAUCUGUCGGGUUCAGGGCAACCCGUCAGGAUCCCAUAUUCAUCAGGCCUCUGUGUCCGUGUCCGUCACUUCAUCUUCUUCUCGCCUACAGAGCCCAAUCAUCGCCAUUGAACCCCACAGUGCUGCAGUGCGCAUGGGGGAGUCGGCCAGCUUCAGAUGCAGGGUGUACAGUGGAGCCCAGCCUGUUCGACUGGAGUGGAAACUGGCCAGCAACCAGCCGCUGCCAGAUAAUGCUAAAGUUGCUCCUGAUGGUUCUGUUAUCACCAUUACCAAUGCUCGCCCCAGCAACCAUGGUGCCUACCGUUGUGUGGCCAGCAACCCAUUCGGCAUCACCCAUACCAUUGUGUCUUUGAUUGUUAAAGAGUCUCCUGUGGCUACUGUCACACCCGUUGGGCCCGUGCGGGUCAGGGUGGGUGAACCCAUUAAUCUGGAGUGCCAAGCAUCAGGAGAGCCUCGUCCCUCAGUCUCAUGGCACAGGCUAGACAACAACCGCAAGACCAUGCUGAGCAGCCCUGUGCCCAUGGAGUCCAAUGCAGUCAUGCAGAUUCUAGUAGCACGUCCAGAAGACAGCGGCACAUAUGUGUGUGCAGCUCGCAACAAUGAGGGCACUACCGAGACUAAGGUAGAAGUAUUCGUCGUGGGAGGACCCCAAGUGCCUACAGUGCCCAGGGCCUCCGUUCCUGAGCCGCUCAUGGUUGUGGUGGAGGGACAGACUACAACGCUACGCUGUGAGGCACAUGGUUUCCCCUCCCCAAAGAUCACGUGGUCCAAGCUGCGGUCCCCUCUGCCAUGGAGACACAAGGUGGUGAACAACAGCCUGGUGCUGCCCACUGUUGGCCGGCAGGACUCUGGAGAGUACAUCUGUAGUGCCACCAACAACAUGGGCACCACUGACGUCACCAUCAUGCUCGAUGUAGAGACUCCUCCUUAUGCCACCUCUGUGCCUGAUGAUGUGGCUGUGCGGGUUGGGGAGGUGAUCCGGCUGCAAUGCCUGGCUCACGGUACUCCUCCCUUGACCUACACUUGGAGCAAGCUGGACGGAAACCUGCCUCCAAGAGCUCAGGCUAGUGGAGGGGAUCUCCAGAUCAACCUGGCGACCACGGAGGAUGCUGGGAGCUACAAAUGUGUGGCCAGCAACAAAGUGGGCAACAGCGAAGUGGUUGCUAAAGUCAUGGUCAGAUCCCCCUUGGCAGUGCGGGUAUCCCCUCAGGUUGAGGUUAAAGCCCAGGGCAGUGCUGUGGAGUUUACCUGUUCGGCAGCAGGUGGCAUAGAAACCAAGAUUGAGUGGUUGAAGGAAGGAGGAGCCCUGCCUCCGAACCACCAUGUCAAGGAUGGAGUGCUGAGGAUUGAGAACCUUGAGCAGAGCAAUGAAGGUGUUUACAUCUGCAGAGCGAGCAGUGUCUAUGGUCAAGCACAGGACACUGCCAGGUUGACCAUUCAAGCUCUGCCAAAGGUAAUGAUCAAUGUACGCACCUCAGUGCAGACUGUGAUGAUUGGGAACUCUGUGGAGUUUGAAUGCCAGGCUGUUGGUGACCCAGAGCCCACUGUCAAGUGGAGUAAAGUUGGUGGGUCUCUGCCGGCCCACAUCAUGGUGAAGGGUGGCAUGCUGAAGAUCGACCAGGUGACGGAGGCUGAUGCUGGCCAGUACCGCUGUACGGCUACCAACGAUGUAGGCUCAGUGCAGUCUCAGGUGGUCCUUAAUGUCCAGUCUCUUCCUCAAAUUGCUGCGUUGCCGGAAACUAAGGAGGUGACGGUCGGGUCGGAUGCAGUCUUGCCCUGUGUGGCUUCCGGAUACCCUGUACCUGAGAUCAAAUGGUCCAAGCUGGAGGGAGAGCUUCCUCCAAAGUGUUUCCAGGAGGUCAACGUGCUGACGGUUCCUCAGGUCAGCCAUGAGGAUUCUGGCACAUACGUCUGUACUGCCUCUAACAAACAGGGCAAAGUGGAAGCCUUUACUACACUUGAAGUCCAUGAGAGGGUGAUGCCAUAUUUUGCCCAGGAACCCGUGUCCUACCUGACCCUGCCGACCAUCAAAAAUGCCUACAAAGCGUUCAGCAUCAAGAUCAGCUUCAGACCUGAUAAUGUUGAUGGUCUCAUAUUGUAUGCUGGUAUGAUCCUGUACAACGGCCAGAGGAGGACCACAGGAGCUGACUUCAUCUCUCUGGGACUUGUCGGUGGCCGCUUGGAGUUCAGGUUUGACGUGGGCUCUGGCAUGGCCACCAUUCGUGACCCCAACCCCAUUAAACUGGGCGAGUUUCACACAGUUGAGCUGUAUCGCAACCACACCCUGGGAUAUAUCAUUGUAGAUGGAGGGGAGCCCAUCAAUGGCAGCUCACAGGGCAAGUUCCAGGGCUUGGAUCUGAAUGAGGAGCUGCAUGUGGGUGGUUACCCCAACUACACAGUCCUCGCCAAAACUGCAGGCAUCAAGACUGGUUUUGUGGGAUGUAUUCGUCAGCUAGUCAUCCAGGGUGAAGAAGUCAUCUUUAAAGAUCUUGACCGCAGCUCUACUGGCGUCACAAACUGUCCCACUUGCAAAGAUCACCCAUGUCAGAAUGGAGGAAGAUGCGAGGACUCCGAUGCCAGCUUGUAUAAAUGCAGCUGCCCCAAAGGAUUCACAGGCAGCAACUGCCAGCACCACUCAUCUCUGCACUGUCACUCAGAGGCUUGUGGACCAGAUGCUACCUGCAUCAACCGCCAAAAUGGCCUGGGCUAUGACUGUCGCUGCCAUCUUGGCAAGUUUGGAAAUAAAUGCAUGGAUGGGGAGCUGGUGACCACUCCACUGUUUGAUGGUGAGGAGUCAUAUAUAGCCUAUCCUCCCCUGACCAACAUCCACGAUGACCUGCGCGUUGAGCUAGAGUUCAAGCCAGUGGAGCGAAAUGGCCUGAUGUUCUUCUGUGGUGGGAAAAAAAUGAAGGUGGAGGACUUUGUAGCCAUUUCCAUGGUGGAUGGACAUGUAGAGUUCAGAUACGAGCUGGGCACAGGCCAAGCUAUCCUUCUCAGUCCUGAGCCAGUCUCUCUGGGCCAGUGGCACAGAGUUGUGGCCGAGCGGAACAAGAGGGCCGGCCACCUGAAGGUCGACCAAGGCCCAACGGAGAGGAAAACGUCUCCAGGAAAAGCCCAAGGCCUCAAUAUCCACACUCCAAUGUACCUGGGAGGAGUGCCCAGCAUGGAAAUUCUGCCUAAGCCUGCCAAUGUCAGCGAAAUGUUUGACGGCUGCAUAGGAGAGGUUUCUAUCAACAACAAGAAGGUGGAUCUGUCCUACAGCUUCACAGACAGUAGAUCUAUCAGCAAAUGUGUGGACAACAGCCCCUGCGACCGCCGGCCCUGCCUGAAUGGUGGUCACUGCAUGUCUAGUGCUGAAUACGAGUACCAGUGUCUCUGUAAGGACGGGUUUGAAGGUGAGCGUUGUGAGGUGGUGAAAGACGUGUGCCAAAGCAACCUUCAGUGCGAAAAUGGUGGUAGCUGCAUCGACGGCCAGUGUGUGUGUACACCCGGGCACACCGGCCUAAACUGUGAAGAAAGCCAGGUUUCCAGCUUACCCGAGGCCACGUGGAAUUCGGAAGCUAGCGAGGCAAAUGAUUCACCCUACCAGUACGCAGCUCAUUUCAACAACGAUGGAUACAUCGCCCUUCCUAAAUCCAUUUUCCCAAGAAGUUUUAGUGCCCAUGACUCACCAGAGACAAUUGAAAUGGAGAUCAACACCGGUUCCUCUGAGGGCCUGAUCCUGUGGCAGGGAGUGGAACACGGAGAACAUGGAAAAGGAAAGGACUUCAUCAGCCUCGGCCUACAGAAUGGACACCUUGUUUUCAGUUACCAGCUGGGAAGUGGAGAGGCAGAGAUUUUGUCCAGAAAAUCCAUCAAUGACGGCAAAUGGCAUAAGAUUACAGCAGUCAGAGCUGGGAAAGAUGGAUACAUCCAGAUUGAUGGAGGAGCCACACUACAUGGACAAUCUAAAGGCAAAAGCCUCAUGGUCAACACCAAAGGCAGUAUAUACCUUGGUGGAGCCCCAGACAUGGCUGCUAUGACGGGAGGCAAGUUUUCAUCAGGAAUGACGGGCUGCGUGAGGAACCUGACGCUGAUGAACGCCCGGCCGGGGCAGCAGCCAGUCCAGGCCAUCGACCUGCAGGCCCACGCGGCCCACGGCAUCAACGUGCAGCCAUGCUCUUCAUAGGCGACACCGCGCGCACACAUACACACACACCUACACACACACACACACACACACACGUAGGCAAACACACACAGAGACUAUGGAGUGAUGUCAAACACACACACACAGCAGACUCACACACAGAGAGACUCACACACAUAAAGCCUGAUAAAAACUUGGUGCUUUGCUGCUACCAAACAAAAAA